CGGAGCGGCCGAGAGAGCGCGCGUCGAGGCCUCGGCGCCGGGAGCGGGAGUCCAUACACGCGCCCUUUGUUGUUUGCAGGCGAAAACAGCUCGGGCUCCGGCUCGGACGACGAGGCGGACGGCGAUCCCGCGGCGCCAUUCGCGCUCACAGCCACGGCGCUGGUCGACGGCGAGCCUGAGUGCGCCGAGACCGAUGCCGACGCUGACGUGAUCAUGGGCGGCUGCAGUGACGACGAGGCCAACGCCGCGGCGCCGCGCGCCAAAGAGGCGUUGGCGGCCACGUCGCGCCUGCUGCGACGCCAGCGCCGCCAGGACGCGGAGAAUAACAACGGCGGC